CACACACAGCACCCCACACACAGAGACCCCCCCCACACACACACACACAAACUCACACUCACACAAACACCCACUCACAAACUGAGCCACACACACAAACUCACACACAUGCACGCACACUCUCACCCACCCACCCACCUAAUGGUAUUGCGGGAAGAGAGACGGCACGAAGAGAGAAAUCUCUAAAAGUGCUUCUGGCAGCCGGUGGCUCCGGGCAGCAGGCGUCGGGAGGCAUCACGUAGAAUCUCUCUCCCCAAACACACACACACACACACACAAACACACGCACACACGCACGCUCACACACAGCGCGGGCAGGUUUUAUUACAGCGUAGAUCAGAGGGGCAAGCAGGCACUCUGAGAGCCGUGUUUCCAGACACCUGUCUACGGGGACGAGCAGAGAAGAACCAGGACAACUGAGAGACCAGAGCCUUUCUGAGUGGGCCGUACACUCCUGGACGACAAGAUGAUGAAGAAGUCCAAAAUCGCUGACCAGACUGCCGCCGGCCAGGGGGUCGACGUUUCCGAUGACGCCCAGCCCUGUGAAAGAGGCAUUAAGAAGAAGUCCAAGGUGCCCGGGGUGAUGAUCACCCAGUUCCAGGAGGAGCUGCCUGAGGACGCCACCACCCCGGACUUCACCCGCAAGCCCAUCGCCCUGACCAUACAGGAGGGUAAACUCGCCGUGUUCAAAGCCAAAGUGAUCGGGAACCCGACCCCCAAGGUCAGCUGGGGCCGGGCCAACGGCGAGAUCGUCUUCCACCCGGAGACCUGUCAGCAGAAGUUCGACGAGGUGUCCGGCGAGCACACCCUCGAGUUUAACAAGGUGGACCCGGACGAUGCAGACACCUACAAGUGUUUCGCCACCAACGACUACGGCCGGGCAGUGUGCACCGUGCUACUGAACGUCAUAGAGGUUGGAUUCCGUAAGAAAAAGGAACAAAAAGUGGAAGAGCCCUCAGAACUCAGAAAACAACUGAAGAAACGAAAGCCCGAUGGGACCCGCGAGGAGAAGCCCAUGGAUAACGAGGAGAAGGUGUGGGAGAUCCUGCUCAGUGCCGAUAAGAAAGACUACGAGAGCAUCUGCAUCGAGUACGGCAUCACCAACUUCCGCGGCAUGCUGACGAGGCUGAACGAGAUGAGGAAGGAGAAGGAGGCCGAGGUGGCUCAGUUUGUGUCGCACAUCAGCACUCUGAAACACAUUGACGUCAAGGACAAUGACUGUGCCACCAUUGAGAUCGACAUGGACCUCAAAGACCCCAACAGCAAGGUCUUCCUCUACAAGGAUGGAAUCAUGGUUCCCUUCACCACGGAGCUGGGUGAAGAGCUGAAGCACAGUUUGAAACGGAUUGGAAAGAAGUACGUUUUCUCCAUAAAGAAACUGGGGUCAGAAGACGCUGGACUUUACUCGGUGGACGUCGGGGGUGUCAAUGUUUUCUCCACUGAAUUUAAAGUCCCUGACGUCAGCUUUGCGGUCAAAAUCCAAGAGGUGAAGGCCGUUGAGAGGGAGAACGCUCAGUUCCAGUGUGUUCUGACCGCUCCCAUGAACGAGAUCAAAUGGUUCGGGAAGUCCGCCCCGCUCGAAGACGGGGAGAAGUUCCAGAUCCUGGUGUCGGAGGACAAGCUAAUCCACAAGCUGAUUGUGAGGGACGUCAUGCCUUUGGACGGGGGCAUCUACGCAGCGGUGGCAGGGAUCAAGUCCUGCAACACGUUUCUGAUCGUGGAGGCCGAUAAAGAUCCCGCCGGCAAGGGGAAGAAGGGCGCGCGCAAGGACACAGUGGCGGGCGGCGGCAACGACGAGGAGCUGAUGAAGAUCGCCAAGGACCAACAGGCCAAGUACGAGAAGGAGAUGGCAGAGAAGCUGGUGGCCGCCAAGAAGGCCAAAGAGGAGUGGGAGGCCCAGCAGGUGGUGGACAAGGUCCAGGCUAAAGCAGACGCUGAGGCCAGAGCCGCCGCCGCCAAGGCCAGGGGAGGGGCUGGUGGAGCCGGUGGUGAUGGUGCUGUAGACGCUACUGGUGGUGGUGGAACUGGAGUUGGAGGUGGAGCUGGGGGUGGUGCUGGAGGUGGAGCAGGAGGUGGAGCUGGAGGAGCUGGAGGUGGAGCUGGAGGAGCAGGAGGUGGAGCUGGAGGAGCAGGAGGAGCAGGAGCAGGUGGAGGCGACGGAAAGGGAGGCGAUGGAGGUGAUGAAGACGGCGAUGAAGAAGGGGCGGAGGGGGAAGGAGGCAAGCGUAAGAAACGUGUCAGAGACGCCCCCCUGAUCCCGGAGACAGUCGUAGGCGAUGAGGCUCCGGGGGCCGGAGACGGAUCUCCGGGGGGGGGGAAGCCCCCCCGCAAGGGGAAGCAAUCAGCGGGGGGAUCGCAGGACCCAUUGAUCCCAGAGACAGUGGUCGAUCCAGGGGUUCACUUCCACGCUGGGCUUUCCGACGUUAAAGCUAUCAUCGGAGAACCAGCAGAAAUCGAGUGCAAAGUGAGCAGCGAAGAAUGUGAAGGAUUCUGGUACAAGGAUGGAGAGGAGAUUACGUCAAAUGAGGAUUUAACCAUCUCUAAAGACGGAAGUUUCCACAGACUGAAGAUCAGUAAGGUCACGGAGGAGACGAGCGGGACGUAUCGCUUUGAGGCCGACGGCCGCAAGACCGAAGCGGUCAUCAGUGUUGAAGAUCCGCCCAGAUUCAGCGCAGAGGACAUCGAGGCCUUCAAGGCCCCCGUCACGGUGAAGAAGGGGCAGAAGGCCACCUUCAAGGUGCCCCACUUGGGCCGCGAGCCUGUGAAGAUCCAGUGGUACUUGGACGGGGAGGAGCUGUCGGACCAGUCCAACAUCCGCAUCGACAACAGCGAGGGCGAGUGCCGCCUGAACCUCAUCAAGCUGCAGCGCAAGGACAGCGGCGAGGUCAAGAUCAAGCUGAAGAACGAGUUCGGGAGCAUCGAGGCCUACAGCGAGCUGGUGGUUCUGGACCGGCCCACACCGCCCAUGGGGCCGCUGGAGAUCGUGGAGGCCUCGUCCUCCGCCGUCGAGGUCAAGUGGAGGGCGCCCAAGGACGCCGGCGGCUGCAAGAUCGACAACUACAUCGUGGAGCGCCAGCAGGUGGGCCGCAACACCUGGAAGAAGCUGGGCCCUAUCGGACCGGAGGCCCAGUACCGGGACAUCGACGUGGAGCACGGCCGACGCUACUGCUACCGCUUCCGCGUGGAGACCGAGAUGGGCGUCAGCGAGGUCAUGGAGAGCGAGGACGUCCAGGCCGGCACUAAAGCAUACCCUGGGCCCCCCUCGGCACCCAAGGUGGUCAGUGCCUUCAAGGACUGCAUCAACCUGACCUGGGUCGCCCCGGGCAACACGGGGGGCACCAGUAUCCUGGGCUACAACGUGGAGAAGCGCAAGAAGGGGAGCAACCUGUGGGGGGCCGUCAACCCCCCCGACCAGCUGGUCAAAGGGAAGAGCUUUGGAGUCAAAGAGGUGAACGAGGGACUGGAGUACGAGUUCCGCGUGGCCGCCGUCAACGACUCCGGGGCCGGAGAAUUCGGCAACCCGUCAGAGUUCGUAUUCGCCAGGGACCCCAAAAAGCCGCCCGGUAAGGUCAUCGACAUGAAGGUGACGGACUCCUCCUACACCACCUUGUGUCUGUCCUGGACCAACCCCAAAGACCUCCCCGGGGAGCAGGACGAGGCCAAGGCCUUCUGGGUGGAGAUGCGGCCCGCAGAGUGCCCCGAGUGGGAGCGCUGCAACAUGAGCCCCAUCACCGGCUCCACCUUCACCGUGAAGGGCAUGAAGUCCAUGGCCAUGUACUGGGUCAGGGUCAUCGCCUUGAACGAGGGGGGCAGCGGAGAGCCCUGCGAACUGGACAACUACGUCCUGGCCAUGCCCCCGCCGGUGAGGCCGCGGUUCACCAACUCCAAGAUCAAGAGUUUGGUGGUGGUGCGGGCGGGAAACUCUGCGCGCUUCAACGUCGACUACGAGGCGUCUCCCUGGCCCGAGGUGAAGUGGCUGAAGGAUGGGGUGCCUAUCUCCAAGAGGGUAACCAUUAGCAACACAGAGGGAGCCUCGCAGCUCCUCCUCCCCUCCGCGGAGCGGUCCGACACGGGCGUGUUCACCGUCAUGAUCAAGAACAUCGUCGGCCAGGAGUCCUUCAGCGUGGAGAUCAGAGUCACAGACGAACCCAAGCCCCCGGGCCCGGUGGAGCUGGACGAGAAAGUCCCCGGGACGGUGACCGUGUCCUGGGAGGGGUCCCCGGACGAGAAGAGGGACGACCGGCUGUACUACGUGGUCACCAAGCGGGACUCCACCAAGCCCACGUGGUGCACAGUGGCCGACCGCAUCUUCAACAACCGCUUCACCGCCUGCAACAUCGUGCCGGGCCGCGAGUACCAGUUCAGGGUGUACGCCAAGAACGACAUCGGCUCCUCCAAGCCCUCCAGCAGUGCCAAGUGGUCCAUCAGCACCAAGAAAGUGAAGUUCACGCUGAGCGAGUCCGAGAGCAAGGCGUGCACCCUGGAGCGCACGCCCAAGUUCCUGGUGCCCCUGAAGAAGCACAACGCGCCCCAGGGCUACGAGUGCUACAUGACCUGCGCCGUGCGCGGCGAGCCCACCCCACGCGUCACCUGGCUGCGCGACAACAUCAGCCUCCACACCAACACCAACUACCUGAUCUCCAACACCUGCGGCGUGUGCUCCCUGCUCGUACUCACGGUGGGGCCGAAGGACUCCGGGGAGUACAAGGUGAUCGCCGAGAACCAACUAGGCAGGGCGGAGUGCAGCACCAACCUCACCGUCAAAGAUUAAACCAGCACUUUGGAGACAACGUCCCCAAACUAGGAGUCCUAAGAAGUUUCUUCGACACAGGAAGCAUGUGUUUUAAUCUGGUCCUGUGUGUUUGCGUGUUGAGUUACACAUGAAUGUUUGAAUCUAUUCGCUUUAGUCUUAGCAACAGAGAUGGCAUCAGAUGGAAAGCUUUGAACGGCUUGUGAGUCUUGUUCAGAUUUCUAGAGUGCAUAUGAAUAAAAGAUAUGCAAAUUGAACAGCAUAUGAAUUUGCAAUGGUACACAUUUUUCGCUCUGAAUUUCCGAUAGCCUUUAGGUGAGCAAUAGGCGAGUUUAAAUUAAACAUAAUAAAAAAAAAAGUACUUGAAAUGCUGCUGUUGUAGAUCAUAAGGAUAGCCUAUGAUUCAUGAAGUAGUAUUCCUGUCGGUGAAGCCAUUAUUAAAUAAAUAAUGAACCACUAAUCCUCAGCAACAAUUGAAAGGUUAUGCUUGCUGUUCUUAAACAUUACGCAACACAUUAUAAUGUCAUAGUUGUAUUGGUGUGUUAAUGCAAAAUAGUGCAAACAGACCACACACUGCAUGCUUCAGAAUGGAGAAAGAGAACAGUUAUUACUAUACAUACAAUGCAACGUAUUUUGAAACAUGCCAUUUUAAACUGUAUGGAGCUUGGUGUAAAUAAACAUUUCAAAAAUA